CCAAAGUGUGUUUAUAAGGAAACAAACUGUGUUGACAUGUAUUGUUGCUGUGUCUGUUUGCCCUCACCUUGUUCAACUUCUGACUUCAUGGAUCGUUCCAAUAAGAUGAAGUUUUCCCCAGUCUGGAAUCAUUUUGAUCUUUUGACGGCAAAUAAGGUGAAGUGUUGGCUCUGCUCCACAGAGCUAUCUUACAUCAAUAAGAGCACUUCAUCAAUGCUGAAGCAUUAUAGAGCUCAGCAUGGCAAUGAAGAAUUGGCAGAUACUUGUGUGAGUACCCCAGUUCCUAACAAGCAAGCAGUGGAUGAGGCUGUGGUCAACAUGAUCAUCAAAGACUGUCAGCCACUCACCAUUGUUGGAAAUGAGGGAUUCAGGGAGCUCCUGAAGCUUAUUGCACCCUCAUAUGUUCUACCAAGCAGGAAGGCCAUCAAAGACUUGGUGAUCCAGAAAUAUGAGGAGGAAAAGGAAAAAACAAAAAUGGACCUCCAGAGCGUCGUUGCUAUUAGUUUAACAGCUGAUAUGUGGACGUCCAUUAAUAUGAAGGCAUAUCUUGCUGUUACUUGCCACUAUGUGGACAAAGAAAGCCAUGAACUCCGUUCAUCAGUCUUGGGAGUGCAGCAUUUUCCUCAGAGACACACUGUCUCAGGGUCAAAUGUUAUUCCAUUGAUGAGAAUGAUCCACAUUGAAUUUCAACGUCAAGCCUCAACAGUGACAAAAACAGCUGCUCAACAGCUGGCUGAAAAUCUGAGAAAGCGGCUAACUGAGUCUAUCUGCAACCUGGAAUCGCUCAGUGUGAUGACACUGGCAACACUGUUGGACCCCAGGUUUAAAACAGUUGGCUUCUUUAGUCCACUAAAAGCAACUGAAGCUGUCAAGAGACUGAAGUCGGAGUGUGCUGCUGAAAUGAGGAGCCAUGAGCCUGACCCAGCAGGAGAAGAGCCUAGCUCUUCACAUGGAUCAGAACCCAGUUCAGGGCACAAUCUCUGGAAACCUCUGGAUAUGGAGGUUGAGGAGAACAACUCGACCUCGAAUACUACAGCUGGUUCCAUAGUUGAAGUCCAACGCUACCUGGCUGAAACCAACACACCCAGAGCACAAGAUCCGUUACAAUAUUGGAAAAAUAACCAGAAAACAUAUCCACACCUGUAUCAACUCGCACUUAAAUUUUUAUGCACACCAUCCUCAUCUGUACCCUGUGAGAGAGUUUUUUCUCAGGCAGGGGAACUGAUGUCCAAGAAGAGAAAUCGCCUUGGAGCAAAGACACUACAAAAACUUUUGUUCCUCAAUAAAAGUAUAUGA